AUGAACGCUAUCAUACAGAAUCUCUCUACCCCUUCCCAUCUACCCACAACGGAAGAAGAUGAGUUGAAAGGGUAUGGUAACCUGGAUGAGAUGGGACGUAUAAAGGGAAUGCAGAUUCCUAGAGUACCAGAUCCCACAGCUUUCCUCAACCUCUACACAGACUCCAUGUCGUCAAACCCUGAAGCGAAAAUAAAGCUAGCACACGGUACGACUACCUUGGCUUUUCGAUUCAAAGGUGGUAUCAUCGUAGCUGUAGAUUCGAGAGCUACUGCUGGGUCGUAUAUCGCAUCCGGAACGGUCAAAAAGGUCAUUGAGAUCAAUCCUUACCUACUGGGUACAAUGGCCGGUGGUGCGGCCGAUUGUCAGUACUGGGAAACAUAUCUCGGUAUGCGAUGCAGAUUGUACGAACUGCGGAACAAAGAGCGUAUUUCCGUAGCGGCGGCGUCGAAAAUCCUUUCCAAUAUCGUGUAUGGUUAUAAGGGUAGGGGGCUGAGUAUGGGUACCAUGAUUUGCGGAUGGGACAAAACUGGUCCAGCGCUAUUCUACGUCGACUCCGAGGGACAACGACUCAAAGGAGACCUUUUCUCCGUAGGAUCAGGAAGUACCUUCGCCUAUGGUGUUCUUGACCAAGGAUACUCUUACGAUUUAUCAGAUGAGGAAGCUCAAGAGCUGGGAAGAAGAAGUAUCAUUGCUGCCGGUCAUAGGGAUGCGUUUUCCGGUAACACGUGUAAUUUGUAUCAUGUGAGAGAAAAUGGGUGGGAGUUCAUCGGAAACUACGACGUCAGUCAGCAAUGGUACGAAUACGAAGCCAAGAAGAAAGCUGCUCGAGAAGCCGCAUCAUCCGAGAUGGCCGUUGAAGUUUGA